AUGGGUCCUAGUGUCUCGUCUCGGGCCCUCGAGGCGUGCCGGAUGUCCAACGAGGUGCCCGCGGACAAGGAAGUCGCCGCCACGGUUAGGGCGGCUGUCGCGGGCGGCUUCCAGCCGGAGCAGGUCAACGACUUUCCCAUGAAGCCCGAGAAAGGAUGCCUCGAUUUGGGGAUGAUCGACUUCUGGUCCUCGAAGCCUCUGGUGAAGGAGGACGAUGUCGAUCGUGAGAAGAGGCAUGCUUCCACCAAGAAGCAGAAAUCCACCAAGGAUGCAGAGAAGAAGAAGACAAAGAAGAAGAACCUCGAGCGACAAGCGCUUGAGGCACGUCGAGCCAAGUCGAGGUGUGGAGGGGAGUCUGAGGUGGACUCCCCUGACGAGGACGACGAGAGUGAUGAUGGCGAUGACGACGACGAUUCUGAGGGGAUGGCCGCUCGCCUCGACAGGAUCCUAGAAGACCCACCGCGGACCGACGUUGAUACACCGCACGCGGGGGCUUCCAAAGGGCCACCAGCCGGGCCUCGAGACGGGCGCCAGAAGGAGUCUACUUCUCUUCCGCUCAGGCUGAAGAGGCCGCUGGAGCAAGCUCAGCCCUCGAUGGCCAAGAGGCUCAAGGCGGGGGCAGGCUCCAAGGGCCUGGGUUCUUCCGACCCUCAACCACCUGCAAGCGAUGAUAAGACCCUGCCUCGACCUUCAAAGGGGGUGAUGGCUUCGAAACUGUCCUGCCGUCCUCCGGACGUGGUGAGGCGCCUCGUCCCCAUGGUCAGGUGGGAGCCCCCGAGCCGCCCCAGUUAG